AUGGCCUCUCCAAACGCGUCCUUCGCUGGGCGUCUCGGCGGCAUCCAGCAGUUCACCGUCAACAGGGAAGAUCCAGACGAGCAGCCUUUGCUCGAGAAGACUCCAGAUGCUGCUCCCAACGUCGCCAUCAGAGAUCUUUUCCGCAUGUCGCUCUUCAAAGAUCCUUUUUUGUGGAAGGCAGCUUGCAUCGAGGCCAUGGGCACGUUCCUACUUGUCUUUGUUACAGGCUACUUCGCUAUCUCUCCAAACCUCCCAAAUCCGGAUCCAUCCCCAACUUCCGGCAACUUUGCACAUGCCGGGUUCAUCGCGCCUCUUGUCGGCCUCUUGAUCAAUGGUGUCUUCAUCACGAUGCUGAUCUACGCCUGCGGCGCCACAAGCGGCGCGCACUUCAAUCCGCUGAUCACAAUUGCGACUUUUUUUGCGCGCCUGACGACUUUCCCAAGAGCGGUGCUAUACGUGGCCGGUCAGAUGGGAGGGGGUGCCCUGGCUGGGCUAAUGCUGCGGGCAGCAGUCAACACUCGAGAAUUCAAGGUCGGAGGCUGCUUCCUGUUCCCGAAUGACAGAAUCAACGCUUCCACGGCCUUGACUGUAGAAUUUGGAGCUGCGACUUUGUUGCUGUUCUGUGCGUUUGGCGUCGGCUUAGAUCCUCGUCAAGGUGAAUUAUUCGGUCCAGCUUUGGGUCCACCGCUGGUAGGUAUCGCGUCCGCCACAGUCAUCUUCGCAUUCAGCUAUAGCGAAUCUGCCUACGGAGGCGCCAGUUUAAAUCCAGCCAGAUGCUUUGGCGUAUUUGUCGGAAGUCGCUUCCCGGGCUGGUCAUGGGUGACAUGGGUUGGUCCACUGCUGGCGUCCAUUUUCCAUGGUAUCAUUUACUGCCUCAUUCCUCCUGGCCCUCCUCAGAAAUCAAAGAAGCUGAAACGUACGCACCGAGAUGAAGAAGGUAGCGGACAUCACCUUGCGGCCCGAUUCAGCCAUCCUCUUGAGAAGAAACCAUCGGACACAGAGCACUGA